AGCACUGAGUGAAAGAGGAAUGUGCCUUUUCCCCUUUCAAUUUAUGCUGGCCUCGACACACAUCCGAACAGAUUGAAUAACUAAUAAAAUGACUGUUUUGUGGUCGCGGGUGUGUCUCAAACGCGGCCUUGCAAUAGAAUAAUUUGGAUGUCUGGUGACGUAUCCGCUGCUUCGCCGUCUGCUCUGGAGGUUGUCAGCUUCAUCGGUAAAACAGUUGGCGCAGGCGCGGCACUGACAGCUGCUGUCUACUUACUCCGCAAAGUCUGCUUAAUAAUGGCCUGGAAAUCUGGAGGAGCCAGUCAUGCAGAGCUUGUCAACAACCUCCGCAAAAAUGGCAUUAUUAAAUCAGACAAGGUGUAUGAAGUCAUGCUGGCCACAGACCGAGCACAUUUCUCUAGGUGUAAUCCUUACAUGGACUCACCACAGUCAAUAGGAUAUCAAGCAACCAUCAGCGCCCCACAUAUGCACGCCUAUGCACUGGAGCUUCUACAUGAUCAACUGUAUGAAGGAGCCAAAGCUCUGGACGUCGGCUCCGGCAGUGGAAUCCUGUCUGUUUGCUUCGCACGAAUGGUAGGUCCAAAAGGGAAAGUUAUAGGAAUUGAUCAUAUCAAAGAACUGGUAGACGACUCUGUAAGUAACGUGAAGAAAGAUGACCCCAGUUUGAUAACAUCGGGCCGAGUCAAACUAAUAGUGGGAGACGGACGAAUGGGCCACCCAGAGGAGGCGCCGUAUGACGCCAUUCAUGUUGGUGCAGCAGCACCCACCGUACCCGAAGCUCUUUUGGACCAGUUGAAGCCCGGCGGCCGGCUGAUUCUACCUGUCGGCCCAGCAGGAGGAAAUCAGAUGCUAGAGCAAUAUGACAAGAUGGAGGAUGGCAGCACCAAAAUGAAGCCCUUGAUGGGGGUGAUUUAUGUGCCUUUAACAGACAGAGACAAGCAGUGGUCCAGGUGGAAGUGACUUCCUUCUCCCCCUCUCCCUCUCUCCUUCUCAGUGGCAAAGGGAUGAACUUUGAAGAUGAAGACAGGCCAUAAUUCACCUUUAAGUUUGAACCUGGAAAAAACCUGGAUGGGGUCAGGGAGCCCUUGACAUUUGUUUAAAGCAUCAUUGAACAUGCUCUUUUUGUUUAAGUCUAUAAGGGACUAGAGUAUCACAGUGUUGACAGCCCUGAGGGGCUGUGAAGAAAGACUGAUUAAAGCUCAACACAGAAAUAUUCAAGAUGGGCUUUUUGGUUCUUUUUUUUUCUUUUCAGGCCUGCAUAUUUUUAAUUGCAUAUUAUUUUCAACUGCUGGAUUUUAGGUUUGUUUUUCUUUUGUGGUUUCACCAUUUGUCAGACACUUUUACAGAAUUGCAUUUCAGCACGAUCAAAGCUGAAUGUAGGAGGAUCGUAGGACAAUGGUAAAGAUUGCCUGAGCCUUUUAGAUAAUUCACUUUGCUAUGGUGUGCGUGUGUGUGUGGAUCAUCUAACUGUAGACUUAUUUGCUUAAGUAUGAGCUUUUUUUUCCCUUUGCCAGCAGUAUUAGGAAAACACAGAGUAAUACAGUGGCUGAUGUACCCACAUAAUCUGUUAGAUGUGCUGCACUCUUUGGUCACACAUAAAGUAUGCUACACAUUGGAUCAUAUUAAACAUACUCCAAAGACAGACAAGCACUUAAUACCACUGACACUCAUGCACGUACAAGGCUGUGCUUUCCACCUGGUGAUGUGUUGCUUUUUGCAGCUGGUUUCCAGUUACAACUUGUGCAGGCUCCUCUGGUGACUGACACUAAAAGGGACAGUCACUGCUUUGCCAAAAUAAAUCUUUAACAUUAUAAAGCAAAUGUCUGUUUCUUGGGAAAAAGAAGAGGAAAAAAAAAGCACUCAAAAUAACAUAAAGCACAUUUUAUUUUUGGGUGAUUAAAUGAUAUUUGGCUUUCACAGUAUCUGGAAUGGCAUAUGAAAAUAAAGUGAUGCUUAUGG